GACCCGGCCUGGGUGCAAUCCAAGGUGGCACGGCUCGAUUCAUCCGCAGUGCUUGUCAGCUUCCGCAUUGGCAUGCUCCGAACCUUAGUUAAUGCCCGAGUGCAUCCAAUAAUUAUGCGCCUCGCAUGGAGAGGUGCCUGUCUUGCCUUGAACACACAGCUGCUUAUGGAUGGCGGUUCCCGUGGUUUUACACGGUGCCAUACCUUAUCGCGUGCUGCGCUUUAUCCUCCCUGCCGCCGGCUACCCCAGAGAGUCGUCCAGACUCCAGAAGGGAUCAGGCCGGCCAACGGCUAGAUUUACACCGCUCCAUCGCUACCUCGGUACACAUUGCUACCCUUUCUGGACCGCUAUCACCUCAGAUCCUGGAUAAAUCAGAGCAAUGUCAGGGCUGAUCUCGCGGGCCCUAAUCGUCUCCGGCCAGGGAGCAGCCAUCAGAUUGUCCUGCCUGCAUAGGUUGUAGAUACAGGGAGAGGGACGAUCAAUUCCGCCGGUGGAGGAAGUU